UCCAGACAUCAGUUUUACUCGUUAAGCUGUCUAACACAAAGCAUUUAUGCCAGAUUUGAUAAUUUAAAAAUAUCAAAAUAGAAUCAAUUUGUGCACAAUGGAUUCGCAAUCCGAAAUGAGCCCAACAUCUGGCUGCGAGCGAGUUCUGCGCUCUCGUGUGAAGAUCGAAGGGCAGGAAACUUUAGGAAGUAUAGCAGAAGAAGAAGCAUCUGUCCUGCUGAUCUAUCUGGACCUAGAUGAACCAAUUGCCAUUGUACGCAGUGAGCCAGCAGCGGAUGCUGCAGUCGAAGCUGAUGUUGAGCUGAAAAGGCGCGUGGACAGUUUUCUGGGAUGCAGCAAAGCACUUCGCCCACUUUAUAAUCCCAGCGACACAUUUGAGGACAUACAAGAGAACGAUCGAGUAGCCGAAGAGCAAGUGAAGCCAGAGCCACCGAAAUUGGAGCGGCUUCUAUUGCCUCGCAUAGGGCUGGCACUCAAGUCGUUUCCUUCACUCAGGCAGAAGCUAUUUGUGGAGAAUGUGCAGCGCCUCAAUGCGGCGUACUUUGAGCAGCAAACCCCGCAGCAGCUCAAGGAGCCCAUCGACCUGACCCACCUGCCCGACGAGGAGCAACGCGCGCGCCUCUGCCGCGAGCACAAGGCACUGGUGCAGCAAAUCCAAGAGCAGGAGCAGGAGCAGGAUCAGAACCUGCUCUGCUAUGACUUUCUCAGUUCUCUAAGCCCGGACACGCCCCUUGCCAUGUGCCAUCCCCUUGCGCUCGGCUAUCGCCAGCAGAGCUUCGACGACUGCAAAGCAGAGCUGGCCAAAGCCCUGUUCGGGCUGCUCAACCACGUGGUCUUCCACUGUGGCCUGCACCAGUGGAUCGACUGGCUGCCGCCCAGAAAGCUGCACGCCAGCUGUGCCCUGAGCCUGGAAAGUGAUCUGCAGCGCCGAGCACGCUUCCAGCUCCCCUCGCAUAUCCGGGAGGCCGGUGAGCUGGUCGGGCUGCUGCUGCACGAGAUGUGCCAUGCAGCCGCCUUUGUCUACAGUGGGGAAAUGGCGCACGGCCUCAACACGCGCAAGUGGGCCUACCGUGCGAAGUCCUUGCUGCCGCAGCUGCCUCUCGUCGCCGACUGCGCUGCCAGCUGCAGGUACACCUGCCACCUGUGCCGGCGCAGCGCCUGUGGCGACAUUCGUUUCCGGGGCAAGCAGCAGCUCUUGCGCUGCUUCCACUGCCAAUUCGAGCUGAUCGUUAGCGACUGCAGCGGGGACAGCGCGCACGAGCCGAGGCUCAUGGCUCAAUCUGACACCUCCUAUAUGAUCUACAUACGCGCUCAUUACGCGCAGUGUGACCAGAGCGGACACAGCUCUAAAAUGCGGACACUCAAUGCGCAGUAUUCCCGCAUGCAGGUGGAUUCAGAAUUAUGUUAGCCACAUAGAGUUAGGCGAAGCAAACAAUAUUUUCACAUCUCCAUUGAUGAAAUUCAACGAAAUCGACUGGGAAUGCCGAUUGCAAUUAUCUAAUAUUUCUGGUUUUGGUUUAUUACAGCUGCAUUUGGAGUAAAUUAUUUCUAGCCAAA